AUGCCGAUUCGCUGGACCGCAGAUGCUGACCAAACUCUUCUUCUGAAGAUUUUGGAGACCCAAGACCUGAUCGUUGACUUCGUCAAAGUCGCAGCCGCAUGGCCCGGACCCGCCGAAAGCCGACCCACCCCUCGUGCAAUCAAGGAACGCCUCUUCAAAAUCAAAGAAAAUGCCAGAGAUACUACCGGUCUCGCGCAGCCAAGCCCCUCGCCCCGCAAAGGACGAAAGCCUGCCACAAAGUCGACUACGCCCAAGAAGGCCGGCGUGAAGCGCAAGCGUGUAUCCACGCCAUCCCCCAUCUUCACUGAGGAUGAGGGAAAAUAUAUUGCGGAGGAUACCCUGGAGUAUGAGAGCCUUGACCAGCGGGUAAAGCCCACUGAGACCAGUCGCGAUGUUGAGGAAGACUCAGAUGGCGAGGUUUAA